ACUGUUUGUAAUGUCAGGGUUUAUCCAAACUAACUCAAACUUCCUGUGAGCCAGUGGAUAAAGGGAGGGAAGGAAACAACAAGAGUUAAACAGAGAGGGACAGAAAAAGAGACAUGCAGCACAGACAAGGUGGAGAGACUUUCUCCUUUUUGCCCCUUCAAGGUGAAGAUGUUCAACAUGUUUAUAGCACAGGGGAUUUGGUUUUCAUCAUUUAAGGUUCUUUAAGAGGUUUGAGGGGUGUUUUAGUGUCUCAUUUGAGUGUCAAACCUGUGGCCUUCAUUACAACAUUUCUGUUUCACACUGCAGAUCAACUUCUUAUCCUUCUAUAUGUGCAGAUCCAGCCAGCAAACCACAAAGAUGACCCUUACAGAGGGUUCAUCGAAUGUGAGCUUCACAUCAACAUCAGCUCCUCCCCUAACAACCAAUACUUCUCCACCAUACCGUGAACCUUAUUUACACAGACUGGCCCACUUGGAUGAGGGUCUCUAUAAUGACUUUUACAGCCUGUGGAUCGCUCUGGUGGUCAUUAACACACUUAUCUUUAUGGUAGGGAUGACUCUGAACAGUCUAGCUUUGUAUGUCUUCUGCUUCAGGACCAAGCCGAAGACUACAUCAGUCAUCUACACCAUUAACCUGGUUGUGACGGAUCUGUUGGUUAACCUUUCCCUCCCCACUCGUAUCAUAUUGUACUACAGUGGAGGAAAGUGCCUCAACUGUUCCUACAUGCACAUAUUCAGCUACUUUGUCAACAUGUACUGUAGCAUCCUCUUCCUCACCAGCAUCUGCGUGGAUCGCUACCUGGCCAUCGUGCAGGCGGAGGCCUCACGGAAGUGGAGGAACCCCAGUGUGGCCAAAGCAGUGUGCGUCUGCAUUUGGCUGUUUGCCAUCAUCGUGACCUACUCACUUCUCACAACGGCCUUCAAGCACUCAGGCUGCUGCCUCUCCAAACUUUUCGCACUGACCGUAUUUGAGUUCUUCCUGCCGAUGGUGAUCAUCGUAGUGUUUACUAUUCGAAUCAUGUGCGCCCUUUCCAGCCCCGGCCUCAUGCAGCAGAGCCGCGACAGACGCAUGAAAGCUGUACAGCUGCUGUCGACCGUGCUGGUUAUCUUCACUGUCUGCUUCACGCCGUUUCACAUCCGUCAAGUUCUGUUUUACUUCCAUCCUGAUCUGCCUCAUCAUGUGAUUGUGUACCAUGUGACUGUCACCCUCAGCAGCCUGAACAGCUGCUUGGAUCCUGUGGUCUACUGUUUCGUCACCACUAACUUUCAGUCUACCAUGAAGAGAUUUUACAGGAAGAUGGAAAGAGAACAGACGAGUGGAGACAUUAUCAGCAUGCAGAAGAGCUCAAAGGCUUCAGGCAUAGUGAUUGCUAUAGCUAAUAGUAUAAGGAUAAACAUGAGCCCUGUUCAGCAGGGAAGCCGACCCGCAUAAGGGAGCGCACAUGUGUCCUGUACAGUAUUCGGAUGGUUGCCAUUACCAUGUCAUACUAAGGCAAAACCACUGGCAUAGAUGAGACUUUGUUUCUCUGUGUACUGUAAAUACCUUAAUAUAGAGAUUUUAUGAGCUUGCAUUUCAUUUCACAUGUGACAUUGUAGAUUUACAUGAAGAUUUAUAUCAUUGGCUAUCAUAUUGUUACUGUACUGAAGCCAAAACAAAUUAUUAAAACUUUAUCUGAAAAAUAUUGUCUUUUUAUAAAACGGUUAGCUCCUGUCCUUGAUUCUGAUUGGUCAAUAGCUGUGUUUUAUUCACGAUAAAACACGGCUAUGACCGCUUCACCCAACGGUUCUGUGUAUCACAACACCCUUUUAGCAACCACUCUUAGCAACUUAAACUGAUCUCAAUUGAUAUUGUUCAUUGACGCUUGCUGUAUUAUGUAGAAGAGUAUUGUGAGAAAGAGAUUGAGUGAGCGAGUUUAUUAUCUGCUUUCAGAUUUAGCGUUUUCCUUCAGGUCAGUCCUAUGUUCAUAAUAAAACAUCAGUUUAAAUGUUCGAUGUAUUAUCUUGUCCUUUUAACAGUUAAGGGGUUUUCCCGUGACUGACAGCUCUAGUCAAAGCAUUUGUCAGUUGUGUCUUGUUCCGUGUUCACAACAAUUCAGUCUUUUCAAUGUAAAAGUCUUCGCUACUGACUAACACACUCAUAAAGACAAUCUUUGCCGCCAUGGCGUAAUAAUGUAACUUCUGUUGCUGUUCACGGUCAGGGACUAUUUUUUCCGACAGAAGGAAUGCUUUUAGUUAAAGUUUACUUCAUGAAAGUUGCAUUUACUUCAUGAAAGUUGCAUAUUUUUGGCUUUAAUAUUUGUAUUGUGUGAUAACCAUUUUAUAAAAGCAAUAAGGUACUUGAGGCUAGUGCUGUAUGAAUAAGUCACGGCUGAAAGGAUGCUUCGUGUCGUGCCUAGCAACACCCUUCAGCCGUGACUUAUUCACGAUACAGCACAGCCUCGAGCACCUUAUUGCU